AUGGACCACCUCGAGCUCAUAUCAAGAUGCCUCGUCGCCGUCGGAGAGGCCGCCGCGUCGCCGUCGUCGACCCUCUUUGACCCCGCCACGGCAGACCUCCAAGGCUGCAGCCCUCCCGCCCUCGGCCUCCUCCGCAGCGCCCUCCGCUCCUUGCUGCGAGCCAUCGACGGCGGCGGUGGCGGCAAACAUGCCUCCCUCCCCGCCACCGGCAACGAUAGCCCGCGCAGCUGCCACGAAUACUCUUCCCUCGCACGCAACCUCGCCGCAGUGGGGCGCCUGUGUGACGAGGCCUUCCUCAGCUUCCACUACGCCGACAUCCCCACCUGCUGGCGGCGCCUCUACACCGACGCCAUCCUCCUCAAGGCCUGCGCCGCCCUCGCCCUCCUCGAGCCAUCGCACGCCGCCGCUCACCCGCACUGGACAUCCCUCGUCCGCGACCUCGACCUCGCCAUCAUCGUCGCAGGCGCUCCCGGACCCGGUCGAGCCGAGGCGAUCCACGACCUCAUCCGCGCAGCCCAGACCGCAAUCGCCUCGCCCCUCUCCCCCGCCCUACUGCCCGCUGCAGAGCAUACUCGCCCGGCCAAGCGGUCCAGGCUAGAGACAGUCGAGUACCACGCAGCCAUCGACGGCGGCAGCGGCGCCCCCUUGCAGCCCACAAGCCUGGCCGACGGCACCAUCGACAGCUUCGAUUCGCCUCCUUCGCUCGCCACCUUCCUCGACCGAUCCGGAUCCGACGACGACCGCGGCAGCUGCCGACGGCCCUUUAUCGUCCGGGGCUUUGCCAAAGACUGGCCCGCGUCCCAACCCCUCCCGUCCGCGGCGCCGUCGUCGUCGCCGCCGGCGAGCGGCGCACCGCGCUGGGCAUCGGCCGACUAUCUCGAACGCAUCGCCGGACCAGGUCGCGUGGUGCCCGUCGAGGUCGGCGCAAAGUACACCGACGACGACUGGGGGCAGGACAUCAUCCUCUGGUCCGACUUUCUCCGCUUAUCCGGCUGGGCCCAGGCUGCGGCGGACCCGACGGCGGCGGCGGCGGCAGAGGAUAAGCCGCUCUACCUGGCGCAACACGACCUCCUCUCGCAGUUCCCCGACCUACGGCGCGACAUGAUCCUGCCGGACUACGUCUACUCCUCGCCGCCGGUACCGCCGGGCGUGCCGGGCUACCGACCGCCGGGCAACGACGAGGCGCUCAUCCUCAAUGCCUGGCUGGGCCCCGCGGCCACCGUAUCGCCGCCCCACUUUGACAUGUUCUACAACUGCUUCGUCCAGGUCGUCGGGUACAAGGAAAUCUGGCUCGCUCCGCCCGACGUCGACGUCGACGGUGCCAUGGCGCCCUUUGGCCGUGGCCGUGGCCGUGGCGGCGAAGACGGCGAAGACGACGGCGGCGCGGCGUGUCCCGACUCGUCCGACAAAGACGGUCUAGCCACGUCAUUGAUGACGAAUACAUCCCGCAUCGACGUGUUCGCCUCGUCGUCCUCGUCCUCGUCCUCGCCCUCCUGCUCCGAUCAGGUAGCAACCUCGUUUCGGGAGGACGUGCAACCGCGCGCGCAGCGAGCCGUGCUGGGACCGGGCGACAUGCUCUUUAUGCCGCCAAAGUGGUGGCAUUCGUUCCGGAGCCGCACAAAGAGCUUCUCCGUAUCGAUGUGGUUCUGA